UUGUCAUCAUCAUACAUGAACCGCCCACAGAGAAACUACAGCAGCAGCCAAAAAGUUAAAAAAAAAACAGCAGUGUGACUGAGAGAGCUGGAAUCGCUGAACAUGCUGUCCAGACUUUUUCUUUUCUAUCUCUGCUUUGGUCACUUAAAGGCCUUCCAGGUUUCACAACCCCAUCGACAGACUGCAAGCACCAAUGGAACUGUAACCUUUACGUGCAGCUACACAAGCCCCACAAAAAACUUUUCAGACGUACAAGUUCAUUUGAUGAGGAGAGUACACAAUGACUCCCUACCCUGUGCCAAGUUACGCAAUGAUAUCCAGAAAAGUGUGAGCUGCCUCAUGUCUGAAAAGGAAGGCAGUGUGACUUUCAACAUCUUCAAUUUUACACACAACGAUACCGAUCUGUAUGUUUGCAGAGUGCACAGAAAACUCCCACUUCCUUUUGUGAGCAGAGAUGGUGAUGGGACAUUGUUGGUCUUUCCUGAAAUUAAAACAGAAGACACAAAGCCUUCUAUAUGUUUGGAUGAUAGUCUUCUAUGGAUUUUGGUUGGAGUUGCUGCAUUUUCCAUUAUUUACAGCAUAAGUGUGACCUUUGCUUGUUUGAAGCUGAAGGUUUCUCUUGAUGAAGAAAUGGACCUUUCUGAGGCACACAGCAAUGGGCAGGUCCACUUGCAAGCUGGAGACAGCCCAUCGAGACAGAAAAGAAGACGAGGUGAUCCAGAUGCAAACAGCGAAUAUAUGGACAUGAGGAAAGUCCAAGCCAGAAUGCAGGAGCCCUCAAGGGACAGGAACUUUAAUUCACAACAUUUUCAUAUUUGACUUCUUCGUUGAUCUCCAUUUGUUACUUUUUCUGCCUUUCCAUGAGCAGUGACCAUACUGUGUUAAAAAAUUCCUCAAGGUUUCUGACAAGAAUGGAAGAUCUCAAAGAGGCUGCUCCAGAGCCUUCAUAAGAUAAGAGCACUGCUCUCUCUCAUUACUGAUGUUACCCUUGUGUGCUCUCUUUGUGAACUUUCCCAAUUUACUCCUGUCUUGCUUC